CCGGAGCCCCUUGGCCGAACCACGCCACGCGUGCCUAGCCAGCCCGCCGGCAGCCCCCGCCGCUCCCACCGCCCCCGGGCCCCGAUGGACUGAAUGAAGGCUGCCUACACCGCCUAUCGAUGCCUCACCAAAGACCUAGAAGGCUGCGCCAUGAACCCGGAGCUGACAAUGGAAAGUCUGGGCACUUUGCACGGGCCGGUCGGCGGCGGCAGCGGCGGGGGCGGCGGCGGGGGCGGAGGGGGCGGGGGCGGGGGCCCGGGCCAUGAGCAGGAGCUGCUAGCCAGCCCCAGCCCCCACCACGCGGGCCGCGGCGCUGCUGGCUCGCUGCGUGGCCCGCCGCCGCCGCCAACCGCGCAUCAGGAGCUGGGCACCGCGGCGGCGGCGGCGGCAGCCGCGGCGUCGCGAUCGGCCAUGGUCACCAGUAUGGCCUCGAUCCUGGACGGCAGCGACUACCGGCCUGAGCUCUCCAUCCCGCUGCACCACGCCAUGAGUAUGUCCUGCGACUCGUCCCCGCCAGGCAUGGGCAUGAGCAACACCUAUACGACGCUGACGCCGCUCCAGCCGCUGCCACCCAUCUCCACGGUGUCAGACAAGUUCCACCACCCGCACCCUCACCACCACCCUCACCACCACCAUCACCACCACCAUCACCAUCAGCGUCUGUCGGGCAACGUCAGUGGCAGCUUCACCCUCAUGCGCGACGAGCGCGGGCUUCCGUCCAUGAACAACCUUUACAGCCCUUACAAGGAGAUGCCUAGUAUGAGCCAGAGCCUGUCUCCGCUGGCUGCCAGCCCCCUGGGCAACGGACUGGGUGGCCUUCACAACGCUCAGCAGAGCCUGCCCAACUAUGGUCCGCCGGGCCACGACAAAAUGCUCAGCCCCAAUUUCGACGCGCACCACACUGCCAUGCUGACCCGCGGUGAGCAACACCUGUCCCGAGGCCUGGGCACCCCGCCUGCGGCCAUGAUGUCUCACCUCAAUGGUUUGCACCACCCGGGCCACACUCAGUCCCACGGGCCAGUGCUGGCUCCUAGCCGCGAGCGGCCCCCGUCGUCCUCCUCGGGUUCGCAGGUGGCCACGUCGGGACAGCUGGAGGAGAUCAACACCAAAGAGGUGGCCCAGCGUAUCACCGCCGAGCUGAAGCGCUACAGCAUCCCACAGGCGAUCUUCGCACAGAGGGUUCUAUGCCGCUCUCAGGGGACUCUCUCCGACCUGCUCCGGAAUCCCAAACCCUGGAGUAAACUCAAAUCUGGCAGGGAGACCUUCCGCAGGAUGUGGAAGUGGCUGCAGGAGCCCGAGUUCCAGCGCAUGUCUGCCUUACGCCUGGCAGCGUGCAAGCGUAAAGAGCAAGAACCUAACAAGGACAGGAACAACUCCCAGAAGAAAUCCCGCCUGGUGUUCACGGACCUCCAACGCCGAACGCUCUUCGCCAUCUUCAAGGAGAACAAGCGCCCUUCGAAGGAAAUGCAGAUCACCAUCUCCCAGCAACUCGGGCUGGAGCUGACCACUGUCAGUAACUUCUUCAUGAACGCCCGGCGCCGCAGCCUGGAGAAAUGGCAAGAUGACCUAAGCACGGGAGGCUCCUCUUCCUCCUCCAGCACUUGUACCAAAGCAUGAUCCAAGGACUUUCACCUGGGCACAAGUCACCUCCAAAUGAGGACAACAGAUACCAAAAAGUAAAUCAAUAAAAACCAAAAACAAACAAACAAACAAACACAAACAAAACAAACAAUCACAAAGACAUCAGAUUCUUAGCUGGGGCCCUUCACUGGUGACUUGAAAGCACAAUUCUCCUGAAAAUUCUAUUCUAGCUGUAAUCAUAGGCCAGGUGUUCAUUUUGUUUUGCUUUGUUUUAAAUGGCUACAGAGUCCAAGUGCACGCUGAAAACUAAUCUCUUUGAACCAGACACUAUCCUCUGAGCAUGCUAGGCAUCCCAGAGAUCCAAAUGGGGCCUUCUUGGAGGGAGUUAAUUACAGCAGGGUGUCCACCAAGCUCAGUAUUGAUGUAAGCGUCAACAGUCCCAUUCAGGCCCAGGCAACCUCUUGUCUUCGUUGCCCAUGAGUAACAGUGGGAAUUUGGCCCAAGUCAAGACACAACUUAGGAUUCUAAGACACUACAUCAUGAAAAGAAUUUAACAACAAGAAAGACCUCAUUUGCCUCCCAAGUGCUUAGCUUCUUUAUAUCACAAUACACAAAAAUUCUCAGCCAUAACAUUUCAAAAAAAUGAAUCAGAAUGGCAAUUACUGAGCACAAGUUUUAAAUAUGAAAAAUCAAUAAAAAUCCAAGGACCUGUUUUUUCCAACUCAGGCAUCUUUUCACUGGAUAGUUUAGAAAGCAUUAGGUUGAUUUCAGUUUACAAUUUUUCUUUUCCUUACCUCCUGGAAAUCUCAUGUGGUCUUUUGGAUCCGUCAGGGGGAAAUAAAAAAGUCAGUUCACUUGAGCUCAAAGUAUCAAGCACAACAAAGAUAAAACAGAAAUAAGGAAGGUUCUGGUUUCAAUGCAUCCAGCUUGGCAAGGCGGUCUAUAUCCGUCUACACCGUUGUGAAGUCAUUAGGAAAUCACUGGGAAUAUGGCUUCAAGCACAUUUUGCAGUUUGUUACAAAUUCUGUUUGUACAUAACGCAGAUGCACACUCAGGAGGCCAAUUUAACUGUUACAGUACAGGAGCAAAUGCAUCGUUUAAGAUCUAGAUUUUUUUAGAUCAUUGCCAUGUCCUUGAUUUACUGGUCCACCCAGUUCCUCCUAUGUAUGUUCUGACUACCAUGCAGUUCAUUCUCAUCCUUGCUGAUUUGUGUGGUCCCUGUCCCAUCCCAUCAGCGGGGAUGUUUCUUUUGCUUUCUAGAAAGAAACAGUUUAAUAAGCCACAUCCUGUUGCCUCUUCCUAAAUCUCUUCCAUUGUUGACUCAUCCUUGUGAAACAGCCGACUGAAUCUGGAGAGAACACAGCACACCAAAGAAGCAGAAUACUGCAAACCAAAGACAUUUAUUACCUGCCAUUUUCUAGCCUACAAAUACUGUGAUUACUUUUAGAGAUCAGAACACCUCUGUAACUCCUAGUGGCAUGCGGCUCUUGUCUUGGGCUCACCCUCUGGCUGAGCAAACCAGCCAUGCCUAUGACAUUCACCAAGCAUCCAGGCAGUGGCUUCACCAUGCCAGCCCUGGUUGUCACUUUCCCAUAGCGAGUGGAGAGGGCCCACAGAACUCUGGGAGAUUACAAAGGUCACUAUGUGCAUAUUUACCAGUGAAUGGCCCCAGGUGGGCACCGUGGGUGUUCAAAGCAAGCCAAACGCUGCAAUGAUUCUUUACAGACACUUGAGACUGACUUUUGUAUGAAUUACUUAUUGAAACCAAAGAAACUUUUUUCUGCACCUACUUCUGCAACAAACAGAACUGUCCCAUUAAUUGAGUAAAUGAUUCCAUCAAUCACUGGAAAUCACCAACAAGAAAAGCACGCUAGAAUCAAAACAAAACACCGAAGAUGCACUGUGUUCAAACAGACCUCUUGGGACAUUUUUUUUUUUUUUUAAUUUUUUGGAAGCAGAUUUGAAAGAAAGGGUUGAGACAAGAAUCAAAACACAGAACAGCCUCAGUGGCUGCUGCUUCAUUUGACAACUCACUCGGUAAUCUUAAAGUUGAAGAUUGUCUUUAAUUUGUGCCUAUGCAGUUUUUCAAAAGAACAUGGAACAGAGCAACAGAAACCUCAACAGCUACAAUACCAAAGAUGAGGAUUCUCACACCUUUUGUCUCAGUUCAUUACCUUCUUUUGCCUGGCUAAAAUACUUGUAGCGUCAUUGAUCUGUACAAAGGUAAUUGAUUUUGUUUCUCUAAGCAACAAAAGGAAAGGGUCAUUCGUUUGCUUUUAUUGCCUCCCUUUAGUUUUUGCUUUAUGGCUUUUUAGUCAACAUGGAAUCCCCCACAAAGGUUCCAUGGACCCCACAUUUGAGAUGUUGGGAUACUGAAUGAUGUUCCCCUCUCUCUUCAGCGGAGUAUGGGAAAUCCUACCGUCACAUGAAUGUUCAUUGCUUCUAAGUUCAGAGUCUCAUCAUUGGGGGAGGGAAGGGGAGCAAGGGUCAGGGGUAGGAGUCUGGGUGAUAGGUCCUCUCCAGAGCCACAGAACCAAAGAAUUUAUAGAGAAAUCUACAACCUCAUCUUCAUGUGACUGCCACAUAGUAACAGGGCUUCAUUUGGGGGUGGGGAGACAUGUAAAAAGAAUUGCCAGUUUCUACUUUUCUAUUAGCUUUUUAAAAAAAAAAAUCAGCUGUAAAGUUGCAUUUCUAAAGAAAGAUAUAAAUAUAUAUAUAUAUAUUAAAUGUAUGAGUACAUAUAUACACCAACCUGCAUUGGUGAUAACCCAAAAAUUUUGCUGUCCAAAUUCAUGCCAUCUUUUUGUCAUAGGCUCCGUUCACUGAGUGUUCAGUUCACAACAAUUGUCAUUUCCCAUGCCAUUCCAGAGUUAAUUUGCCACUGUGGUUGUCUGGCAGUAUUCAUAUUUCCAUGUCAACUUAUGGGAAAGGGUGAAAGUCAUGUUUAAGCAUUUCUACAUGUAACUUGUUGAUGAAUGGAUUCAUGAUAUAAAUGAGUUUUAGUUGUAUUUAGUCAUCUCUAUUCUAUGCCUCGACCAUGAUGAGCAAGGUUUCUCUCCCAGAUUAGCUCAGAGCUACUGCUGCUGCUAGCAGUGAGGAAUUCAUCUUCUCUCAUUGCUGGGAAUGGCUAGUGGUUCAUUCCCAUCCUCUGUGGAGUAGAACACCCAGAAAUCCACUUUCCCGUAGAUGCUCUAUCCAUCAGAGUAGCCUAGAUUCUUCUAAGUGAGCAGACUCACCAGGGACUUCUCGUGGGGAAGUCCAGCUCCCUUUGCAAUAGGUUAGCCAGGUGUCCUCAGGGUAGUACUUACCAACUUGUACUGAUAAACUUGUAUGCAACCAUAGCUGCCACUGGGGUGGGACAGAGUUGUUGGGGGGAUGUAGCUCAAUCCUGGAGGAAAGACAAACAGCAGACUGUGGGGAGAGCCCAGAUUCCUGUCCCUGGAGAGCCACAUCAUCUGUUGUCCCACUUCUUUACUUGCUCAACGUGGCUAUCCUAUAUACAGAGCAUCAUUUCUACAGCCGAGAGAGUGUGGCUCUGUGUGAUUUUUUGUAGUGCGUCCUGCCUAGAGAAUUUUUUUUUCACUUUUCCCUUGGUUCUCUCUGUCCCUUGCUUAUAUUCCAUGGACCCUUGGUCAAAUGACCAAGAGAAAGGAAUAUUUUCUUCUGGAGAUUGCUCCCAUUUCAGCUUAGUCAGGUGAAUUUUAACUUGGGUAAACACUAAAUGAGUCCUUGUGAAUUGUGGCCAAUGGGAAUGGUGGUUCUGCUUCAAUACAGACUGAGGGACCACGCAUCUUACUUUGGUUGGUGACUGACACUAAUUAACAGCAUUUGGGUCUCCACAUCCUUGGAAGAUGGUGGCAUGAAGAUAAAAGGCAAGAAUUUCCCUCCAAGAACUCUUGGUAAAUGUCUCACAUAUCUCAGCUCAUAUCAAAGAGAAUGCUUGCUUUAAAAAAUGUUACACACACACACACACACACACACACAAACACACACGUAUAUGUGUCUGUAUACACAUGAAUCAAAAUUUUAAGCCGUACAAAGUUUCAUUUUGCUAGAUAAGUGAAAGGAAAAAAGUACUAUACUGAAAAAUUAUAGAAUUUAAUCCAGUGUGUUUUUUCCCCAAAGCCUUUAAAUUUUUAUUUUAAAUUAAUAGUUUCAGAAAAAUAACUAUUUGGACUUGGAUAUACCUAUAAUCCACAUCCUCAAUCCAAAAAAAGUUCCAGGCUGCCUCAGCCAUCAACAACAGCUGGACACUGUGAAAUAAUAGCUCACAACCCAAUUUCACAUUCUUGGGGUGACAGAAAUCCAAAGGUUCAAAGCUACUGAGUCAAAGGUGUUUUUCUUUAAGCCUUUGUGUAACUAAGCUUUUGUUUUGUUUUGUUCUCAGUGUGAUUUUAAUAAUGGAGAUUCAAUUCCAGAAUUCUUUUAAAGGGGAGCCAAUAUAUUUCUUUUUUUUAAAGGACAACAACAACAAUAAUAAAAAUUUGAUUCCAGUAUUUAAAAGAUUUUCCCAUAAUGUUAUAGAGCAUUUGGUCUGUGCCACAUAGUGGUACAGGCUAGUCUGAGCCAGGAAGGAAAGAUCAGGCUUGCAUACUCAACUCCUGUUUUUCCAAAGGCUCUUGGCAGCUUUGGCUUUGGAAAUCCAAUCUCAUCAUCACUUUAAGGUAAAGGAAAACAAAAACUAGGAAGUUAAACCUACUAAACUCUAGACUCUCUCUCUCUCUCUCUCUCUCUC